AUGCACACCGAAUUAGGGGAUCCGGAGCAGCAGGAAUUCGAGAACGCUCGCAGAUGCGGGACGAGCAUGGGCUCCAUCAUUGAGGCAGAUCAUGCAACAGGAAAAUGGAUAUUUUCCAAGGAGGAUAUUGAGAAGAACACGCCGUCCCGGAAGGAUGGCAUUGACGCCAAGAAGGAAGCCUGGCUGCGCAAGGGGUGCUGCACGUUUAUUCAGGACGCGGGCAUGCGCCUCAAAGUGCCCCAGCUGACAAUCGCCACGGCGAUCAUGUUCUGCCACCGGUUCUUCAUGCGGCAGUCCUAUGCGCAGCAGGACAGAUAUGUCAUUGCCUCGACCUGCUUGUUCCUUGCUGGGAAAGUGGAGGAUACCCCACGGCAGCUCAAGGAUGUCAUUUACGUCACUUACAUCAUCAGGCACAAGAAAGACAAGGGUGCAGAAGACCGCAUCAAGCAGAGCCGAGAGGUGUUUGAGCACGAGCGCGAGCUGCUGCUGGCGGGCGAGUAUCUGGUGAUGAACACGCUCAGCUUCGACCUGAACAUCAACCAUCCGUACAAGCCGCUGCUCUCCACCAUCCGCAAGUUCGACAAGGAGGGUCCGCUUAAACACCUGGCACAGGUCUCCUGGAACUUCGUCAAUGACGGGCUUCGCACGUCGCUGGGGCUGCAGUUCAAGCCGCACGAGGUGGCGGCGGGCGCCAUCUACCUGGCGGCCAAGUUUCUGAAGAUCAGCCUGCCGCAGCAGGACGGCAAGCCGUGGUGGACCGAGUUCCAGGUGACGCCCAGCAUCCUGGAGGACGUGAGCAGCCAGAUGCUGGAGCUGUACGAGCAGACCAAGGACGGCAGCGGCACCACCGGCGCCAGCAGCCGCCGCCACUCCAAGCAGGCCGCCCCCAGCAAGAGCGCGGCGGGCGCCAAGAGCAAGGAACGCCACCCCGCCACCCCCUCUGUGGCGGACCGCGCCGCGCAGGCCUCGCUCACCUCUGGAGCCAGCGCCCCCGUGCCUGCGGCGCCCCUCCCACUUCCAGGGAGCAGUGCCAGAGAGGGGGACGCAGCCCCCGCGGCACAGGCUGCCAAUGUUCCCCCGGCUGUGGUCGCUGCAGCGCCGUCUGUUUCCACAGCCGCUGCAGUGGAGCAGACCCGAACGGGGGAAGGGGAGUUGGGAGCGCCCGUUGGAGCAGUAACUCGAAGAGACGAGAACGGGCACAAGACAGCUGGGGCUGCAGGUGAAGUGCGGGUCGCACCUGGGGAAGCAGCAGACACCGGGGCUGCCGGGGAUGGAGUCAGGGAGGCGAGUGCGAAUGGUUCUAGACAAAAGUUUGGCGGAAUCGAAACGGCGGGCCUGGCAGAAGCAAUAAGCGCUCAAACUGGCGCAAGCAAAGGCAGCGGGGGCGAGGCCAAGGAGGGUACCGGCAUAUCUACGUCCGAACAUGAGGGCGCCAAAGCAUCAGCGGGCCCAGGCUUGCAGGGCGCUGCCGGCGGGGAGGCGCUGGAUGAGCCCAUGGAUGUGGACGAGGACACACCACCCAGCGCCGCGCCUGCUGCCGCCGCCCCGCCGCCAUUGCCGCGCCUGCCCGAACAACCCCUGGGAGCUGAACAUGGGGUGGGGCUCGAGCCGGAGCUGCGGGCCGGCGUGUCAGGCGCUGCUGGAGCUCCAGGCGCAGACGCGGGGAAAGAGCAGGGCGGAGGGAAGGCCGAGGCUACCGCACAGCAGGGGGCCAGGAGCAAGGGUGCCGGGAGUGGUGAGGGGGUUCCAGACAGAGAUGGUGGAGAGGUGGGGUCAGCGCCCGGAGGAACAUCCGGACGGCAGGAAGUGGCGCCUACGGCAAGUCAGGGUCCGGGGCACGCCGCUGAAGAGGGCGAGAUUCCGUCUGAGGAAGGGGAAAUCCCAUCAAGCCCUGUGUCGCACGAGGUGCGCAGCCCUGGCAAGGCCUCCCGCGAGCGUGAGCGAGGGGCGCGCGGGCGGUCGCGCAGCAGGAGCAGGAGCUACAGCCGCGACCGCACCCGCAGCCGCAGCCGCAGCGCCAGCCCACCGCGCCGCAGGGGGGGGCACCUCUCCAGGUCGAGGUCUCCAUUGGAGUCUGGCCGGGGCCGCAGCCCGUCUUCCGGGGGAAAGCGGCACAAGAACGGCCAGAGGCGGCGCGACUGGGACAAGGGGCGAGGCAGCUCCGGGCAUCGCGCACGGGAGGCAGGGGAUCGCAGCCAGUGGGAUCGGGACAGGGAUUGGGGCAGGGACCGCGACCGCGACCGCAACAGAGACCGAGACCGGGACCGGGAGCGACAAGCAUCGCACCGAUCUCACAAGGAUCACAAGGACAGCAACCGGCACCGAAGCUCCCAGAACACCGAAUCCACGGAUCGAAGGAGAUGAGAGACAAUUGUUGACUCUAGGCUUCUUUGAAGCAUGUGGAAGAGUAGUAGGUGCAUGGUAAUAAAGAAGUAAUCCUUGACAUUAGAGUCGACAUGAUUGGAGUGCCAAGCAUCACUCCACCC